UAGGGGAGCUGUACUAAUGGCGGAGAACGUACGGUCGCCUUUUGAGUACCGGGAACCACCGACCCUCGACAGCGACGGGGAUGGGAGCAAGCCGCCGCCGCCCCGGGGGAGGGUGUGCACAAGGAAAAGGAAAGGUACCCCUGUGAAGGUGUGUGACCGGGCCUACGUGACGGAGGAGGAGGAAGAGGAGGAGGAAGAGGAGGAAGAGGAAGAGGAGAGUCUGUCUGGACACAGCUACAGUCCGGGGGAUGGGCAGUACCCAGCAGGAGCGGAGGACAGACUGCCUCCGCCCGGAAGCCCGUACUACCUCGCUGACCCCUCCCAGAUCUGUGUGUCGGAGCUGGGCGAGGAUGGGGCGGGUGGGGUCCGGGGGCCGGUGCUCUUCCACCCACCGCCCAACUGCAGGAUCCGAGAGGUGCACUGCGGGAGUCAGGUGCGGCUGGUCGUCAUAGCGAUUCGCGACAUCGCCAAAGGGGAGGAGAUCACGGUGGACUACAGCCUGACGGACUGGGGAGAGAACGCCAUGGAGGAAGAGCCUGGCCCCCACCCACUGUCUCUCUCCAUCUCUGACUACCUCACCCCAUCCUGGUCCCUCUCCCCCUCCUCCUCCCCGCUCACCCACUCUGAGCCCAGCGACUCGGACCGAGAGGAGGAGGAGGAGGAUGAUGAGGAUGAAGAAGAAGAGAUGGAGGAGCUGAGGGGCCGCAUGCUCCGCCGCCGAAAGAAGCGCAAACUAGCUGCCCCCGUCACCACCAAGAAGAAGAGUACCGCCAACCCCAGGGCCGGACCCGGGCGCCCCGUCUCCUCCUCCUCCUCCACCCCGGCCCAGACCCAGUCUCAGCCUGCCACCCCACUGGCGCCCCCCACCACCAACAUCAACAACAACAUCAACAUAAACAUCGGCAGCUCCAGCGGGGCCACGGUCAGCCGGCAGCAGCACUGCCCCUACUGCAGCCGUCACUACCGCUCUCUGGCUCGCCACCUGGAGAAACACCAUGCCAACCAGCCGGAGGUCAGGGCAGCCAUGGAGCUAGCUGCACUCCACACACACUCCUCCUCGCAUCCUCACCCUUCCUCCUCUACUAGCUCCUCGCACGCCCACAUCUUCACCUCCCCCCAGCUGCCCUCCUCCUCCUCGACUCCCGCCCCUCCCCCUCUUUUCUCCAGGGAGAGAGAGAGGGAUGCGCUGGCCGCUCGGAGUUCCUCGGGGGCGGUCUCCUUUUCGCUCUCACUCUCCCCGCCCUCGGCUGCUCAGCCGGCCGCGGCCAAAAAAGGCUCCAGCUUGUCGGUGCAGAAGGCCAAGACGGGCUCCGCCCCGGCAGUGGUGCCGGUGAAAAGUCUGCCGACACCCAGGAGGGGCCGCAGGCCGAAGAGAGAGGAAGAGGAGGAGCAGAAAGCGGGGGAGUGCAUCAGGAGCAAAGAGGAAGAGAUUCCUCCACCUCCUACCCCCAAGCCGGAGGAAGAAGAGCUGGAUGAGGACAGGACAGUAGAGAGUCCUGGGGACAGGAGUGCACAGGUGGCUAGCUCCCACAGACACCACAUGCCCCCUCUCCUCUCCUCUCUCUCCUGCCUGGUGCUCUACCUCCGCCGGCAGCAGCACUCCUCCUUCUUAUCUCUGUCUCGCUCCUCCAGUUCGCCUGAGGCCUGGCGCCUGCUCUGCCAUUCCAGCCUAGCGCUGAUCAUCCUCUAUAACCGCCACCGCGAGUGUGAGGUGGCGCAGCUCACCACCCAGGACUACCACAACCGCGUCACCCCGACCCAGGCUAACUCGGCCAACAACCCCCCCACCGGCAUGGAGGCCAUCCUCUCCCCCUUCGAGCAUCAGGUCCUCUGCCACCUCCCCCGGGCAGGUGUGCUGGGGAAGCGUGGGCGUAUCCAGCCCCUCGUCCUGCCCCCGCACUGUGAGCCCUGCCUGGAGCUGCUCCUUCAGACCUCCGCCAACGUGGGCGUCGACCCCGACAGCCCCUACGUCUUCUCCCGGCCCUUCCACUCGCCCGCCACGCCGCUCCGGGGCACCGACGUGCUGCGCAACCUGGCACGGACCAGCGGCGCCAAGAACCCCAGGGCGCUGACCCAGACGCGGGCGCGCCGGCAGGUGGCCAUUCUCACCCAGCUACUGCUCCUGGAGGAAGGGGAGGGGCAGGGCCGGCCGGGCGGGGCGGCCGCCAAGCGCCUGGAAGACUUCCUGCAGAGGGAGUACCACGUGACCCAGAACUGUGCCACGAUAGGCCGAGACCCGGCGCUGAUGGGCCGAGUGGGCAGGGUGGUGCUCUAUGGGGAGCGGGAGGGGGUGCUCUUCAGAGGGAUGAGCCUGCAGCACAUCUGUCUAGAGCUGGAUGUGAUGUCCGGGAACUCUGCUGAGUCCUUCUCAGACGACUCGGACGGGGAGGCAGAGAAGUUUAAGGAGAAGGUGGUGAAGAAGCGACCAGGUCGACCCCCCCGCAAGAAGGCACCCCCUCCCUCCUCUGUCAACCCUUCGCUCCCUGGUGCCCACAAUAGGAGAAUCAUUCAGCCCAAGUCAGGGAAGCGUGGGGUGCUGAAGCGGCCCUGGUCGGAGGCGGAGCGCGUCGCCGUGGAGACGCACCUGAAGAGGAACAUCAUGGAGCUCCGCGUGCCAGCCAAGGCGGACUGCGAGCGCUGCCUGCAGCUGUGUCCCCUGCUGGUCAGCAACCAGCGCGACUGGAGGGCCAUCAAGUUCUACUGCCACAACCGCAUUCAGCUACUGAAGAAGCAAGGCAGGAGGGAGAGAGCAGGGUACUCUGUUAGAUAGUUAUCUCGCUUUCAAACUGUCUUCUACGAUCUGGAGUGACCCUAUUCUCACCCUGGAGAAGUGCAGUCUGCUGGUUCUUCGACCGAGUUUACCUGACCUCUGACCUGACCUUAGAGAUGUACCAGGUGUGCAGCACCAGUCCAAGCCCUGUCGCCCAGUAAUGCAGUGUUGUCUUCAUCAAAGAGUCAAGAAGAGAAUUAACUGGGAUUAGUUUAAAUGUCUUCUCUGACCAGGGGACAUAUCCACAUAGCGUCUCAGAAAUGGUCUUAGGAAUACUGUUAACCUGUUUUUAAGACCCAAAAAUACUCCCAGCUACCAGAGUAGCUUUUAGGAUGAUGUUAAGACACUGCCCAGACAAACUCUGAGCCAGGAGUAAAAUCAACUCGUGAAAGUUUAUCUCAGCUGGUAAUCACGACAGUUGGAGGUACCGCAAAGGAAGGAUGGUGAUGACGCUCAUUGACAUUGUUGCAAAUGAUGGGGAAUAACCAAUCACGAUGAGGCAUUGCCAGCUGUGAUCUCUACAGCACGAUUCAGACCAACCAAGGUGAAUGUGACUGUACAUCAAAUGUUGCAAUGGUAAAAGUUUGAUAUCAUUUGUCUGACCUGAUCACUUUGCCUACUCCUAAUUAUUGCCUAAUAUGUUGGCAUACAUAACCUUUUUUUUUAACCAAUUCUGAUGUUUGUUAAAAGUGGAAUUUUUAUAAUAUUGCCGCUAUGUCAACACUCUUAACUCCCGGAUAACUACUCUAAAUAGCUUUGGUACAGUACUGUAGGCAUCAAGUCGCUUGCCGAUAGUGUUGCAUAACAUUUUUGAAAGUUUUAUCAUUUUCCCAAUUUAUUACUUAGACAUAUUUUUUUGAACAAUGUUGCAGGCCUUUUUUAAAUUACCAAGACACCUGCUGGUAACUCUGAACUGGUCAGGUCAGCUCAUGAGGUCUCCUAAAUAUCUGUCCACUAGGUUGGACUCUUAUGACUAAAGAGGUUUAAUGCCUAGCUUGUAUUUUUACCCAUCAGAGGAGGAGUAAAAUAUUUAUAUUCUCAGCACUUACCACCAACUUUCUACUCUGAGACGCUUUGUGGAUACGGGCCCUGGAUUAGGAAACAACGGGCCUAGAAGGAGUUCAGAUAUACGGGCCCUGGAUUAGGAAACAAUGGGCCUAGAAGGAGUUCAGAUACGGGCCCUGGAUUAGGAAACAACGGGCCUAGAAGGAGUUCAGAUACAGGCCCUGGAUUAGGAAACAAUGGGCCUAGAAGGAGUUCAGAUACGGGCCCUGGAUUAGGAAACAACGGGCCUAGAAGGAGUUCAGAUACAGGCCCUGGAUUAGGAAACAAUGGGCCUAGAAGUGCUGGAGAAUCCGAGUUUUUAAACACUUUAUUUCAAUCUGUUGGGAAAUGACUGAGAAAGACCUGAGAAAGUGAGGGAGUUGAGAGUCGUCGAGCCGCCUCCACUGAAAGCUGAAGACCAAAUGUGAAUAUUAGGUUGUCUUUACAAAGAUGGAGGAAGACACGUAUGGUUUGAACCCGUAAGAUCCCCCCCCCCCUAGAAUUAGCAUACAUACAGUCAUACAGUCAUAUGGACUGGGAUACCUUUGAACUGUUUUGAUAUGGAUAACUGACUGGGUGUACCCGAGCAAUGAGCUAUCACGGCCAGCUGUGUUUUUAACGGUAUUGAUCAAAGUAUUGGGACCAUGAUGCACCAGUGAACUUGUUCACACAACGCUGGACCACGGUCUCAGUCAAACUAAUAUGAAACCAGGCACGCAUACUUUAAAAUGUUAAUCAUGUCUGUUUUUUAAUAUUUUUUUUGUCAUUUUACAAUAUAAUAUGGUCUUAUUAGUAACAAAUGUAAAUAUGUACUAAUCGACAAUGAAAUUGGACAUAGUAGUGGUAAUAAAGUUGGUGUUAUUGUGCUAAAGUGUACAUAUUGUAAAUACUACUUAUUAAAGUGGAUCACAUUUUGAAGUGUUUUCUGAA